UUGUAUUUAACAGGAUUUUGAUACUGAAUUUCGUGAAUAUGUAUACUCUUAUGUUAUCAUUGUUUGGAAAAGUAAAUUCAAUGACAACAGACUUAACUAACAUAAAGUAUAAUAUAACAUACAAUAAGUAUUUAGAGGAAAGUAUAGCCGUUUCGACGGAAGUACACAUUCGGUUCAAGAGAGCACCCGAUGGACGCAUUACUGACUACGAUUAUAACACUGAAGACAUAACUAGUACUCUACACUCGCCAUCGGUUUUGGUCGAUCCCUACGCUUAUCCCGCAAUCAGAGAAAGUCUUCGAGUGAAUCAAAUUGAAGGUCGAAAUGGGAUUGAAGAAUACAGUACUACCGAAGCGAUCACUUCCACAGAAAUAUAUAUCUGGGAGGACGAGGACGGGUCUGAAGACUACGAAACCACUACAACACUAGUCAUCGAUUUGAACGGCAAUAGUACUGUUAAUUACACGACAACUGAACGGAUGAUUAGUUCCAACACUUGGACGCCUACGGAGACGACGACAGCUCAACACAGACCCACUCCUCGGACACGACCCGUACGGAGACGAACGACUCCAAUGACAACUACAGAACAAUGGAAGGGAACCGUUGUUAGUGUCAACACUUCGUGGUCUGCGGAGACAACAAUCAGUCAGAAAAUGAGUCCCGAAGCGUAUCGAUUGAGUUUAGAGCAGGACUGCAACGAUCGACACAAAUAUAAUGUCACCGAAGAAGACGUCAACAAUUUGAAUGAGACGGACAAAGACAAACUCCGCAAACUCUGUUGGGAGACUAUGUUUGGUCAAGAAUUGGUUAAAUUAACGGUUAUGGAUAUUGUCCUCACUGUUAUCUCCAUAUUAAUCGGCGACUUCUUGAGGGCUCUUAUAGUCAGGUAUUGUAACGACUGCUCGUGUUUUUUCUGGGAUCUGGAAAAAAAGUUUCCCGGAUAUGGAGACUUCAAAAUCGCUGAAAAUAUAUUACAUUUAGUCAACAAUCAGGGAAUGAUUUGGAUGGGUAUGUUUUUUUCGCCCGGAUUACCGGCGCUGAAUACGGUUAAACUAUGUCUGUUAAUGUAUGUGAGAUCGUGGGCUGUCCUCACAUGCAAUAUACCUCACGAAACCGUGUUUAAGCGGUUACAACAGAAUCUAUAACAUUCUGACCAAUUAUGUUGAAUCCAAACUCCCGGAUACCAUCAAUAAAGUGGUCGAUUAUCUCACAUCUCCGGGCGCUGUAUUCCCANUGC